GCUGCACUCACUCGACCGCACCUGCAUCGAGAUGCAUAGAUUGCUGAGGGAUGAAUGUUGCCAGUUGCUAGGUCCCACACUGCAGCGGUGCCGCGGAUCCUAAGCUGUUCGGUUGAGCUUGUUGACGCGCAGUGCUGCAGCGCAAGAAUCUCCUCCCAGAUGGCAUGAGGUCCCAUCGUCGAUACAGAGGUCCGCUGCGACUAUGAGGACUCGAUACCGUGCACUGCUGGGGCUGUGGGGGGAUGAUUACACUCGCACUCGCAACUGCAAGGCAUCCCAUGAUCUCGCUUCGGCAAGGCUACAGGCGUUGCCGCCCAUGCCGACAUCAUACACGAGUGAUGCGAGACAGCAGCACUCAUGCAGUGCUCGCGUUACUGCAUGGAGUCAAAGUGGCAGCCCCUAGCCACUCACGACUCACAGCACUGCUGCAUGCAUGUGACUUGAGUCACGCCGCGUAUACGUGCAUGCGGUGCUGGAUGGACCAGGAGGGCAGGCAGCCUGCAGCAGGGCCCAUGCAGCAGCUACAGUCACAGCAGUCACUCUACUCGGUGACCACAGCGGUCACUGAUGCGAAGAGUCUCAAGAAAGGACCGGACCGGAUCACCCGCGCGGGUAAGACGCGCUUCUUCACGCGAUCCAGAUGAAUUUUGAC